CAUGCGAUUCGGCAAGCGCUUCGCCGAGGUCGCGCAGAGCGGCAGGCCGAAUGAGCCGUACGUGUCGUACAAGGAGCUCAAGCACACGGUCAGCAAGGUGGCCAGCCUCAUCGGCGGCGGCGGCGGCGGGGGCGCCUCCUCGGACGAUGAAGACUGCGCUCCGGCGGUCUACCCCGCGUGCUCUG